AUGGCAUCCUUUCGUCUGACAAUUGAAAAUGGCCAGUUCCGCGAUGGCCAGGGCCGCCAGCUCGUUCUCCGCGGCAUCAACGUCGCCGGAGACACCAAACUGCCCAGCAAGCCCAACCAGCCCUCUCACGUAGGCGACGACUUCUUCGACGGCGACAAUGUGACGUUCCACGAGCGGCCGUUUACCAAGCAGGAUGCCCCGAUGCACUUUGCGAGGAUCAAGCGCUUUGGCUUCAACACGAUCCGAUACCUGUUUACCUGGGAGGCCCUUGAGGCGGCUGGGCCGGGGAUAUACGACGAAGAAUACAUCAAGCACACGAUUGAGAUCCUGAGAAUUGCCAAAAGCUACGGCUUCUACGUCUUCAUGGAUCCUCACCAGGACGUCUGGUCACGAUUUACCGGCGGCUCUGGAGCCCCCAUGUGGACGCUUUACGCCUGCGGGCUGAAUCCCCAGAGCUUUGCUGCGACAGAGGCAUCGAUUGUCCACAAUACAUAUCCUGAGCCCGACCAGUUUCCCAAAAUGAUCUGGUCUACCAACUAUUAUCGACUUGCUGCCGGGACAAUAUUCACCCUUUUCUUUGCUGGCAAGGACUUUGCCCCGAAAUGCAUCAUUGACGGCGUGAAUAUCCAAGACUAUCUGCAGAGCCACUUUAUAAAUGCAUGCGCGCAUCUUGCGAAGCGUAUCCAUGAGGCCGGGGACCUGGAGAACGAGGUCGUCAUCGGCUGGGAGAGCAUGAACGAGCCAAACAGAGGCAUGACUGGAUACGCUGAUUUGACCGUCAUUCCCAAGGAGCAUCCCCUCAAAAAGGGAACUUGCCCGACCAUGUGGCAGACUUUCCUCACGGGAAUGGGCAGAGCAUGCGAGGUCGAGACAUGGGAUAUGGGGGGACUCGGGCCUUACAAGACAGGAACCAAGCUUGUCGACCCGCACGGCGAAUUUGCAUGGCUGCCCGAAGGAUAUGACGAUUCAAGAUACGGAUGGAAGCGCGAUGCCGGGUGGAAGUUGGGCGAGUGCAUCUGGGCGCAACAUGGCGUAUGGGAUCUCUCGACGGAUACUAUCCUGAAAAAGGAUUAUUUUGCCAAAAACCCCAAUACCGGGACAACGAUUGACUAUCCCGAAUUUACAAAUACCUAUUUCAUGGACUUUUGGCGGAGAUACAAAACGGCCUGCCGAGACCAUCACAAAGACUGUAUCAUGCUGAUGCAAUAUCCGACUCUGGAGCUUCCUCCCCAAAUCAAGGGUACCGAAGAUGACGACCCAAGGCUCGUUUUCACACCGCACUUUUAUGAUGGCAUUACCCUCAUGACGAAGCAUUGGAACAGCAGUUGGAAUGUCGAUGUCGUCGGUGUCCUGCGAGGGAAAUAUUGGCAUCCUGCUUUUGCUAUCAAACUCGGCGAGACGGCAAUCCGAAACUGUCUAAGAGAUCAAUUAGCAACUCUGAGGCAAGAGGGCAUUGAUCGGAUGGGUAACCAUCCUUGCCUGAUGACAGAGUUUGGAAUUCCCUACGACAUGGACGACAAGAAAGCAUACAAGACGGGAGACUACUCGAGCCAAUCCGCGGCAUUGGAUGCCAACUACUUUGCGGCCGAAGGAUCAGGAAUGGAAGGAUACUGCCUUUGGGUCUAUUCCAGCACAAACGACCAUGAAAGGGGAGAUCAAUGGAACGGUGAAGAUUUGUCCAUCAUUUCGGUGGAUGAUAAGCUUCCCGCUACAUCAUCCAUUCUAAGUGAGCCUGCUUUCGACCAAUCGACGUCCAGCCUGGUUAAAGGUGGCUCUGCUGUUGUUGCAGCGGAAACUUUGGAAGAAGCUGGUGUGACUCCAGGGAAUCUUCAACGAACACUUACGAAUCCAUCAAUCAGCUCUGCUCCCUCCGAUAAGGAUCCGGAGUUGACAAAUGCUCCGGGCUACCGUGCUGCAGAAGCCUUUAUUCGACCAACGCCGACGACUGUGGCUGGAAAAUUAAUCUCUUCUGGCUUUGAUUUACGUAACUGUACCUUUAAUAUCAAAGUUUCAGCUGCUCAGGCCGCAGCCGACGAUACACCUACUAUAAUAUUCCUUCCCGAAUAUCACUUCCCCAAGCAGGAAUGUGAAGUUGCAGUCUCGGCUGGCAGAUGGGAGAUCACUUUUGAUAACAGCCAGGGCACACUGCUUCAGCUUCUCAAAUGGUGGCAGCCUGAAGGAGAACAGACUCUGACGAUCAAAGGUCUGGUGCGAAAGUACAAUGUGGCCGAAGGCAGCCCUGAAGACUCGGGUUACCUGGAGCAGUGUCAAGCGAAUGCGGGAAAUUGUUGCAUCAUGUGA